CCUCUUGCUGCUUCUCUCUCCGGGAGGCCGGGCUUCUCUCCUCCCCUUCCUCCUCCUCCGAGCCGCGUGCGUCGUUUCCCGUGGGCUGGGAAAAGCCAGAGAAGGAAGGAAGGAAGGGAAGGAAGAAGGGAAGCGGAGCCGAGGAGGAGAAGAAGAAGGAGGAGGAGGAGGAAGAGGAGGCGCCUCUCCAUGCAGAGCAGGCAAGCAGAGCCGCGGCUGGAAGAAGAGGAGGAGGAGGAAGAAGAAGAGGAGGAGGAGGAGGAAAAACCAGGGUCCGAAAGAGAAGAGGCAGGAGCAGAGAAGAAGAAGAAGGGGGCCGGCCAGGCCUGGCCCCCCAACAGCAUGGAGAUCGAGAAGGAGUUCCACCGGAUGGACGAGGCAGACAGCUGGGCCGCCAUCUACCAGGAUAUAAGACAUGAAGCCAGUGACUUUCCAUGCAAAGUGGCCAAACUUCCUAAAAACAAAAAUCGCAACAGGUACAGAGAUGUCAGCCCCUUUGACCACAGUCGAAUUAAGCUGCAGCAAGGUGAUAAUGACUACAUCAAUGCUAGUUUGAUAAAAAUGGAAGAGGCGAACAGAAGCUACAUACUCACGCAGGGUCCUCUGCCAAAUACUUGUGGUCACUUCUGGGAGAUGAUUUGGGAACAGAAAAGCCGUGGUGUUGUCAUGCUUAACAGAGUGAUGGAAAAGGGAUCAAUAAAAUGUGCACAGUACUGGCCACAAAAAGAGGAAAAAGAAAUGCUCUUUGAGGACACAAACUUCACAUUAACCUUGGUAUCAGAAGAUAUAAAAUCCUAUUAUACAGUACGACAAUUAGAAUUGGAAAACAUCACGACCCGGGAAACACGAGAGAUUCUGCACUUUCAUUAUACAACGUGGCCUGAUUUUGGAGUCCCUGAAUCUCCAGCUUCAUUCCUCAACUUCCUGUUCAAAGUGAGAGAGUCAGGGUCAUUAAGCCCUGAACAUGGACCCAUUGUAGUGCAUUGCAGUGCAGGAAUUGGAAGAUCGGGGACAUUCUGUCUGGUUGAUACUUGUCUCCUCCUGAUGGACAAAAGGCAAGAUCCUUCUUCUGUCGACAUCAAGCAGGUCCUUUUAGAAAUGAGAAAAUACCGAAUGGGGCUUAUCCAGACUGCAGACCAACUUCGUUUCUCUUACUUGGCUGUUAUAGAGGGAGCAAAAUUUAUUAUGGGAGACUCAUCUAUACAGGAGCAAUGGAAAGAGCUCUCCAAUGAAGACUUGGACCCACCGCCAGAACAUACUCCGCCACCACCAAGGCCACCCAAACGAACCUUAGAAAUGAAUAAUGGAAGGGUGCAUGACCACAUAGAGUUUUUCCCAGUGGUCGAGGACAAAAUCAUAUGCGCAGUCAGCACGCUGGAGGAGAAGGUCCCUGAUGGCAGGAUGUGCCCCCCUGAGCAACUCAACCUGGAGAGCACUAAUCAAGAAACUGAGCUUAGGAAGAGAACUGUUGACAAUUCACCGCACAGUGAAGAGAUCAUGAAGCCAGAAGAAGAGGACGAUGAAAACAUGAUGCCAACUUGGAAACCAUUUCUGGUCAACAUCUGCAUGUUUACCGUCCUGACAGCAGGGGCAUACCUCUGUUACAGGGUAUGUUUUCAUUGAUGGACAUGCCAAGGAUGACCAAAACACCAGUUACCAUCAUCGGUGUUUGUUUCGGUAAAAAGAAAGCUAAAGGCGGAGGGGCAGCUGAGCCUUGUCCCGGUGGAAGUGUAUCUUAAAAAUUGAGAAGCUGGAACUAUGGUUAGGGCUUAAAGAGAAAGUUGAUGCACUAGGGUUUAAUUUUGCAGCCCUAUGGUCCCAAGAACAUAAUAUUCUAAUCUCAGGGCCUUAAGAUAUUCAGGAGUAAGCAGAGAAUAUGCCAAAUAAGUCUUGUGUUACUUUCAUUAUUUUUCCUUAUUUUUUAAUGGAAUAAUAAGAGUUUACAACACAUUGUUGUUUUUUAGUCUUUUAAAGCCAGUUUCUGUUCUUUUGGUUGUUUUUCAGUAAAAAAAAAAACAUAAUUAGGCACAAGUGAAAAUUGCUUGUAUUCUCCAACAGUGUGGAAGAGAAUAAAUGAUUGGGUUCCUUCAAACACCACUAUACACCCCCACGUUACUCCAAUAGAAAAGAAUGUACAGCUCCUUUUGAAAAGGGAGACUCUUUACUGCAUGCCUUUUACAGACUGAGGGCUCAGUCUCUAAAGAACCACUUCUGUAUAACCUCUGUUACUCAAAUUGGCAAUUGCUCGGGAGAAGCAAUGAAUGAAUGGAGAUUAUAUAGUAGCAUCUUCCCCUCCCCCCCAAAAAAAAAACCAAAAACUUGGCUUACAUGAGUAUUUUUGGUAGUGCAAGUAAUAUGGGAUAUAUUUUUAUCUUUUUCAGAUGUAUUCUUGCUUUCAUUACAUGUUUGUUACAAUGGGUACCUGCUAUCGCUCAGGGCAUCCCAACAGGUCAACCAUUUUUUUUCCUUUUAUUUAGUUGAAAUGAACUGUAUUGCUUCCCAGCUCGCUCACCCACCACCUAUUUCAGGUCUUCUGUUGCACUCUGUUUGUGUUUGCAUGCCUAUUGCCAUACUCCAUGUCCUUUCCAAAAUAAUUUGCUGUUCUUUGGAAUGAGAAGAACAGAAAUGCAAUCGACAUUUGUCCACCAGCGUUUACAAAUCGCUUUAGAUGGUCGCUUGAGAAAAGGACCGGUUUCUAAGGUUCAUCAUUUGGAAUGUUAAAUCAGUUUCACUCCAGACUUACCAUGUCUGUGAAGACUGGGUCUUGUUUUCAAAACAGAAGCAGUUUGGAAAUAAUAAUGAUUACAGUGAGGAUAAUUUAACUCCUUAUUACACAGGGCCUUGGGAAUAGUUCUUUAUAAAUCUCAAGUAGCUAGUUUUUUGGAUUGUUUGUGUGUGUGUGUGUGUGUGUCAGGAGCAACUUGAGAAACUGCAAAUCGCUUCUGGUGUGAGAGAAUUGGCCGUCUGCAAGGAUGUUGCCUAGGGGACGCCCGGAUGCUUUGAUGUUUUACCAUCCUUGUGGGAGGCUUCUCUCAUGUCCCCGCAUGGGGAGCUGGAGCUGACAGAGGGAGCUCAUUGCGCUCUCCCCCCCAGAUUUGAACCUCCGACCUGUCGAUCUUCAAUCCUGCAGACAAAAGGGUUUAACCCAUUGCAUCACAGGGGGCUGGUGAGAGAGCAGCUUUCUUUGAAAGGAAAUUCCAAUAGGCCUGGCACGUCAGAUCAGCUAAUCUUUUGCAAGAGACAAACAACUAUGUUGGUGAUCCCUAGGAAGGACGGAGUUGGCUGUUAAAAAAAAAAGAAUAAAGAUUUUAAACUUGUCUUAAAAUAUUGCUGUUCAGUUUCUAGAUGUUAGGCUGCAAUCUCAGACUUAAAAUUAAGCUCCAUUGGACUCAUUGAGGUUUACUUCUGCAUUAGAUAUGCAUAGGAUUGUAUAAUAAAUAUAUGACCUUGGAAUAGCCAGGUAUAACUGAACAUAUCUUCUAAGAGCAGGAUUUUAAAAAAUGGCCAAUCCGGUGUUUUGUAUUAGUUUUAGUUAAGUGUUGACAUGACUAAGGUAGUAAACUGAUUUUUUCAGACCCCUCAUGUUAUGAGCAUGGUGCAAAGAACAGGACAAAUGUAUUCACUGAAGUUGUAACUUUUUCAAAGUAAAAGUAUGAGUACAGUGCAACUGAUGACUGUUUUGCAAAUUCUUGAAUUCCCCUUAUGUAGCACUUAAGUACCAUCUGCUUUUUUUUUAAAAAAGAUGAGAGUAAUAGACUUUUCGCUUUCUUUAUUUUUGUUCUCUACCACCCUCACAAACUUUAUGGCUUUUUUUACUUGAACCAGUGCGGUGUUGAUUAAGGGUCUUUAGGAAAGAGGAAGAGAUGAGGGAUUGAAUUGAAAAUAAUAAUAAAAGGCUACAUUUGCAUUAAGGGCUUUCUAAAAGUACAAUAAUAAAUCCUCAGGUAGUGCUUGGGAAAUCUUACACAAAGAAAAAAAGUUACCUGUGAGGUUGUUGCUCAGAUCAGAAUUUAAAAGGAGAAGAGUGGUUAAGUGGUCAAUAUUUAAUAGUAAUAUUGAAAAACAUGAACAAUAUUGGUAUGAGUAUAGAAAAUGGUAUAAUAUAUAAUGGCUCAUCUGUGUAUUUUACUAUACAGUAAGUGGUUGCUUUGUCCCCAUCACACUAUUGUAAUUCAGUAGGAUAUUGUUCAGAGCUCAUUUGUAUUCCCAUUUUUAUUCAAAUGCAUGUGCAAAGUCUCCUUUAAAAAAGAGUCCUGAUCAAAAUCCAUGCGCUUGAAAAGUUUAAAAGGAUUUUUAUAUUUCUGCUUUCUAAUGUGCCCAAAAUUAUAUUUGCAUGAUCUGAUUAUUUAAAUGGCUGUGGUUCCAAGGAUGUUGCUGGAGUGACUUCAUUCAGCCAAUAGAUUGGUAGCUCUGUGUGUGUGUGUGUGUUUAUGUGUCAGUGCACACAGACACACUCUCUCUUUCUCUUUUUUAUAACAGAAGCAGGUAACGUGUAUCUUGCCUAAUAUUUGGCAUGACUUUUUAUUCAGUUUUCUACAUACACCUUGUAAUCCAGUUGUAUACCACUCAUUUCAGCCAAGUAAGUAUAGUACAAACAUUCCAGAGUGUGUACAAAGCCAUAUUCACACCUCGCUCCUGUGCGCACACAGUAGCUUUCAGCAGCAAAUAAACUGAAGAAAAGAGUGCCUGGGUCCAUUGAGCUGCCUCUUGUGACUCCAAGGAAGCAGCUUUGUGCAAAAGGCCACCAGAACCAAAGUGAGAUUUAAAGUCUGUACUUCCUUGUUUGGUAGAGAACAAGGUAUUUAAAAAAUAAGAAUAGUAAUAAGGGAAGUUCUCCAAAAAAAAUUAACAAUAACUAAGUAAUAAAUGAAUUUUAUCCUUCCUAGGAGAAAUACAGGUAUACCUCAGUUAAUGAAGUAGAUAUGUUCUUGGGCAUUACUUCUUUAACAAAGAAAGAAAGGAAAACGAAAUGGAUGCCCGAAGUAGAAAUAACAUGGAAAGAAUAGGGAAUAGGUUCCUUCACCACAUAAAAAAUACAGUUCAAGAAAUCCAGAACUAACAUGUAUGUAUAAAAUGAAAAUACCAAGACAAGGUAGGCCUUAUACAUCCGAGAUCAGACGAGAUCGGGCGUGUUCAGGGUGGUAUGGCCAUAGGCUGGCCUUAUACGUAGAAGUAAGCAAAAGCAUUUCAAACCCUAUGGAAACGACUUGAAGGUUUCUUCCAAAAUGCAUCUAGGGAUAUCUUUUGUCUUUCACCAGCUUCCACUAUUCUUACAAUUUCCACUGAAGUGGCCAAAGUGAUUCUUUAACAUGCUGAGAGUAGCUGGCGAGGCAGGCUUGUGUGCUUUCUGCUCUUCUGUUUUUCUAUCCAUGGAUGCUGAUUUCCUUGCCUGUUGUAAACAGGUAGGAUCAACUAGAACUAAAUCCCAUUCCUUCCCCCUCAAACCUUGACGCAUUGUUUACUGCAGACACAGUGCUGCAUCUUAACACUGGAAGUCUGUGUUUCUUCUAUCCUCCUUUAUCCUCCCAGUGCUGAUACUUACUUUAAAACAUCCUCCAGCUAGACAGAGGACAAAGAAGGAGAUGGGGCUGGGGAAGCAUAGAAAGACUUUGUAAAAAGGGGGGUUCUUUGUCGGAGGCUUUGUUAAAUGAGGUAUGCCUGUAGAAGAGUUCAGAAUGUCUCUGUCGAAUCCGCCAGUGAUUGUACUAUACUUGCGUCCCUUUCGUAAAGAGAAUUAAAGUUCUUUGUUGCUAUAACUGCAGGGUACGGGGUCGGGGAAGAGAUCAGUUCUGGCUGCUGUGCCCAAUAGCCCACCCAGUGUCACUGUUUGCCUUUUACCUAUUUGAACUCAAGAAUGACUUAUACUGUAGUGAAAACAUACAGUAGGAUGCCCUUGUAAAGCCCAGUGAGGUGUGUAUAAGGCUUAUGAUGCUGAACUAUAAGCAUUUUGAUGUCCUGUAUAUGUAUGUAGUAGUUUUGGGUGUGUAUAUACAGUAGCGUUUUAAAAAGUGGAUGUACUGGUUAACCUAUUCUUGAGGUGGGGGGGAGGGAUGAAGACAAAAAAAUAUCCAUGUUUAAACUUGUUAGAAAGUUAGUGAGCUGCUCUGCUAUAUGCCUUAAGCAAAUAUUUACUCAUCAGGUCUUUCUUUUUUACAGAUUGCCAUAGAAAACUCUUUUGUAAAAAAAAAAAAAUAAGAAGAAAAAAAAUAAAAAACUUAAGAAAAAAAAGACACAAGCUAAAUGUUUUGGUAUAAUACAUUUUCAGGUAUAUUGUCUUUUGUGUAAGGCGCUGCAAUGACCUCACAGUUUCAGUAAAACUGUACAGUUUUUCAAUUUCCCAUACAGAUUUUCAGUUCUCAUUUUAGCUGCAACAAUAAAAUUCUUUUGUAAAGAA